AGAAGCCCCAAGAUGCAGACUGAGAAGGAAGAGACGAGGAAGAGCUUCAAGCAGAGGCUGGCUUUGAAGAGCAGCUUAGCCAAGGAAACGAUUUCCGAGUUCCUGGGCACAUUUAUAAUGAUUGUUCUUGGAUGUGGCUCUGUUGCCCAAGCUAUCCUCAGUAGAGGACAUUUUGGAGGAGUCGUCACUACCAAUGUUGGAUUUGCAAUGGCAGUUGUAAUGGCCAUUUAUGUAACCGGGGGCGUCUCUGGUGGCCACAUUAACCCAGCUGUAUCUUUCGCAAUGUGUGUCUUUGGAAGGAUGAAAUGGUCUAAAUUCCCGUUUUAUGUGGGAGCCCAGUUUUUGGGAGCCUUUGUGGGAGCUGCAACUCUUUUUGGCAUUUACUAUGAUGGACUUAUGUCCUUUGCUGGUGGAAAAUUGCUCAUCGUGGGAGAAAAUGCAACAGCGCAAAUUUUUGCAACAUACCCAGCUCCAUAUCUAUCACUGGGGAAUGCAUUUGCAGACCAAGUGGUGGCCACCAUGUUCCUCCUCUUGAUUGUCUUCGCCAUUUUUGACUCCAGAAACUUCGGGGUUCCUAAAGGCCUAGAGCCCAUUGUCAUUGGACUCCUGAUCAUUGUCAUUUCUUCUUCUUUGGGACUGAACAGUGGCUGUGCCAUGAAUCCAGCUCGAGACCUGAGUCCCAGACUUUUCACUGCUUUGGCAGGAUGGGGGUUUGAGGUCUUCACAGCUGGAAAUAACUUCUGGUGGAUUCCUGUAGUGGGCCCUCUGAUUGGUUCUGUCAUUGGAGGUCUCCUCUACUUUCUUCUCAUUGAAAUCCACCACCCAGAUCCUGACCCAGACUUCAAGGCAAAAAAAUCUGAGGACAAACAAGAGAAAUAUGAACUUAGUGUUAUAAUGUAACAGCAUGCUUGGUUCCGGAUUUGCAGUUGGUUUGGUGUGUUCUUUAGGAAAAAUGGCAUCCAAGUGUGUGUGGUUUUUUAAAACUGGGGUGAAAUCCACCCAAUUUUCUCUGCUAGCCAUAUGAUCGCAAAGACAUCUGAGUGAAGGUUUGGAAACACUGAUUUCUUCUCUACCAGUCACCCCGCUCCCCAGAAUAGCACUGACUUCCACCUGAAACAGUCUUCUCUCUGCCUGUUUACUGUGUCCUUGAGGGGACUCCUUAUUACGAGGUGAACACUAAUAACUCGGAACCUUGACAAUGGACUGACUUGGAUGGUUUCAGCUGCGUUACUUGUAUGAAAUGGCGUCACCAAAAGCCUCACCUUCAGUAUCUACAAAUAUUACAUUCUGAGUAUCAACCAAAACGUACACUGAAAGACAAAAGUGGUUUCAGUUAAUAUGCAUGAACUAGAGAGUUAAAGGCUUAGUUUUCUAGUUAAGUUGUACUACUAUCUUUGCAUAAAUACUAAUAUUCUCCAAAUCUAGGGAUGUUAGAAGCAGUAGAAUCCCAUAGUAAGCACAGGGGAAGGGCAUUGUGGCAUUUAGAAACCUCAGGAGACAAGAUAAAUUUGGGAAACCAAAUGGAAUUUUUUUAAUGGAAACCAUUUAUCAGAUUAAUCUCUUGCUCUUCUGCGUUUUAGAGGGCACCAAUUAAUUUCCUGGUCUUUUCUGUAUAAUAGCCUAAAAUACAAUUCUAAGCUUAGUCAUGAAAAAUACAUCGCUCUACAUUUUUAGUGCAAA